CGGAGCCAUGCUGAGGAGCUGCGCCCCGCGCCUGCGCACGCUGGGGGCCCUGCGCGGCCCCUGGGGAGGCGCGUGGCCGCCGGCCAGCGAGCCAGGACCCGCGCCGAGGUCAUUUUCUUCUGAGAAAGACAUUCUUGUAGACUUUGCUCUCCCUAACCCCAGCUGGAGUCAGGACAUAAGACUCCUCUUUGACCAGUUUAUGAAGAAAUGUGAAGACGGCUCCUGGAAACGGCUACCUUCAUAUAAACGUGGAUCUACUCAAAGGACUCAAGAGUUCAAAACCCGUUUUCUUGACCCGAAACUGAUGAAGGAUGAACUGCCACAGGCCCAGCUCUUCACCAGAAGCAUUGAGGAUGGCCUAGGUUUUGAAUAUGUGAUGUUCUAUAAUAAUGCUGAGGAAAGAGUAGUUUGUUUGUUUCAAGGAGGUCCUUACCUACAAGGAGCACCUGGAUUCAUUCAUGGAGGUGCAAUUGCAACCAUGAUUGAUGCUACCGUUGGUAUGACUGCACUUAUUGCUGGCGGAAUUGUCAUGACUGCCAAUCUCAACAUCAAUUAUAAAAGACCUAUUCCCCUUUGUUCUGUUGUUGUGAUAAAUAGCCAACUUGAUAAAGUUGAAGGAAGGAAAUAUUUUGUUUCCUGUAAGGUUCAAAGUGUUGAUGAGAAGACUCUACACUCAGAAGCAACAAGCUUAUUUAUAAAGCUGGAUCCUGAUAAAAGUUUGAUUUAAGCAAGUUUCUGGUGAAUUCUACACAUUUGCAUAAGGCUCUCCCUCCUCCAGAAGCAGUUGCCUGCCCCUGCUCUUGGUCACCACCAUUGAUAGAAGCCUGCUAACACGGACCUUUCUGAACAUAAUCCAGGAACCCGCUCUCCACUUUCUAACAUUAUUUUUUUUAAACAGUCUUGCUGUGUUGCGAUAUUCUUGCCUCAGCCUCCUUAGCCUCUGGGACCACAGACACAUGCUAUGGUGCUUGGCUUUUUAAGUUGAUCUGGGAAUUGAACCUAGGCCUCCCAAGGAAUUGAACCUGCAGGGUACAUCAUCUUAGCAGUGCAUACCGCCAUGAUUGGGCCCUUAUCUCCUAAACUUUCAGCAAAGAAAUCCUCCCUGUGAAAGUAUAAGCAAGUCUUUGUUUCCCUCAGAUAAGUGUCUGGUUCUUCUAAGAUUUGAAUGGACUUUAAUUAAAGUUACACAAGUGUGACAUCUGCCCCACUGCAAAUUAGAGAAAAAAAUUGUAUUGAAACUUUGACCACAAACAUGGAAAUGCUAGAAAACCAAAUGAAGAAAUAAUAUGUGGAUGUGGGGGCGCGUGCAUGCAUGCAUGCAUAUGCCUAUCUGUCUCCAUAUCUACAUGUUCUCUUUUUAUAAGUACACCAGUUAUAUUGACAGGGCCCUCUUGAAUUAUCUCUCUUUUUUAUUUAUGAGAGAGAUGUACCUGCAACAGUGUCUCACCUUUCCACAGUGCUUUCUCCAGCAUCCUACCUAACCAGGAUCAUAGGUACAUGUGACCUGCAUGUUUAGGCUGACCCAGGGUCCAACCCCAGUCCUCCCAUUUGUCUCCAGCAUUGUGCAGGGGCACCCUCCCAUCUAUGCCA